CCCCAGCGCGCGCAAAUGCCGGCGCCUGCGCGUGUUGACGAUUGACCGUUCGCCGCGCGCAGGGCCGCUCCUGCGCGAAGACACUUGCAGUAGUAUAGUAUGACUACCGGCGCCGCCGCCGCUGAGACCUUGCUGAGAAACAGACUAUUUUCCGACUUAGACGAUGGAGGAUAUGUCCCGGAAAACAAGAAAGAGGUGUUAGGGACAGUGCAGCAAGUGUUGGAGCGUACAAUAGUAGAGAGCGAGGGGAACUCUCUCCUGAUAAUUGGGCCCCGGGGGUGCGGGAAAACAUGGGUAAGAUGCCACAAUUAUUUCAAGGCAGAGCAUGAAAUAAUUAUAUUGCAGGUGAUGGACAGCGUAUUUCGUACCCUUCAAGGAGACAGACGAUGCAAAGAUAACUACAUCAGAGUUUAUUUGAAUGGACUGGUACAUACAGAUGACAGACUGGCACUGCUCGAGAUUGCCAGGCAACUCAAUAUUGACAGCGAUAACGAAGAACAUACAUCAAUGUCAUUUUCUGCAGCAUUAGACUACCUGCUGGCAGCCCUAAGAUCAGGAUCUGGGGCCAACCAGAGCGUUAUAUUUGUGCUGGAUGAAUUCGAUCUGUUUGCCAGCCACAAGAACCAGUCACUGCUGUACAAUCUGCUGGACAUUUCCCAGUCGUCUCACAACCCCAUCGCGGUGGUCGGCCUCACUUGCAGACUGGUCAGCAUAGUGUGAGAAUGCACAGAGUAACAAAACCUCAUCCACUGCACUCUCAAACACUGUAAGUGGCGAAGUUUGAGUUGGCAAAGAUCUGAAACUCAAGGGAUGUUGUGGAGCUACUUGAGAAGAGAGUAAAGUCGAGGUUUUCUCACAGACAGCUGCUUCUCUUCCCCCACUCUGAGUUCCGUGACUACGCCACCCUCGCUCAGUCUCUCCUCAGUCUUCCCAUCAACUUCAAACAGCGACAGUUUCGCCACGAAUGGCAGAAAAACAUACAGAAGUUGCUGCAGAAUGCGAAGGUUUUGCAGGCUCUACAGCAGCAGUUUAGACUAUCUGCCGACGUCCGCAGCCUCAAGACUUUGCUACUCCUGCCAGUGAGCCGACUGAGCCCUACACAUCCGCAGCUCGCUCCCUCGGACUUUUCCCUCUCGCUGGAACUCAUUCACAGGGACUCGUUAGGAGCCGUAAUGAAGGGGCUGUCAGUGUUGGAGCUGUGUCUGCUUGUGGCAGUGAGGCAGAUUUCUGAGCUCAGCUGUGGAGAGCCGUUCAACUUUGAAAUGGUGUACUGUGGUAAGCAGUGGUCUUCGCUGUUGGUAACUCCUAGGUAUGGUAACCAUUCCAUACUCCAACUUUAGUCGAAGCACUAAGGAUAGUUGGGUCGUCUCUUUUUCCACUCGUGUGCCUACAGAAAAUGCGAAAUCGUUGACACCCUUAUAUAAGGGGAGACAGCCAUAUUAUUUUGGGCAAGAUAGGUGUAUAUAGCGAGAUAG